GAUAUAUCGAUGGGACUUUCCCAUUGCGGUCAACUUCAUAGGGGUGUUUGGAGCUCCAGCAGUGACUAGCGUGGCAGGCGUUGUUUGAGGUGUCCUGGGUUUUUGUUUCCGGAGGGUAUAGUUGUUACAGCACAGAAGUGUCAAAAUGUCAAGCAAAAGGGCUAAGGGAAAAACCACCAAAAAGCGCCCCCAGCGGGCCACCUCAAAUGUGUUUGCCAUGUUUGACCAGUCACAGAUCCAAGAGUUCAAAGAAGCUUUCAACAUGAUUGAUCAGAAUCGGGAUGGCUUCAUUGAUAAGGAGGAUCUGCAUGAUAUGUUGGCCUCAUUAGGUAAGAACCCUACAGAAGAAUACCUCGAAGCAAUGAUGAAUGAAGCGCCUGGUCCUAUAAAUUUCACAAUGUUUCUCACAAUGUUUGGAGAGAAACUUAAUGGAACGGAUCCUGAGGAUGUUAUUAAAAAUGCCUUUGCUUGUUUCGAUGAAGAGGGCACAGGUUUCAUUCAGGAGGAAUACCUUAGGGAGCUCUUAACCACAAUGGGAGACAGGUUCACAGAUGAAGAAGUAGAUGAGCUGUUCAGAGAGGCUCCUAUUGACAAGAAAGGGAACUUUAACUAUGUGGAAUUCACACGCAUCCUGAAGCACGGUGCUAGAGAGAAAGAUGAUUAGAACAGGGCUGGGCACUACUGACACUAAUGAAAACUACACUGUAAUAUUAUGUGUUUGACUCCUUUUCCAAAAUGGGCUAGUGCAAGGGAAAACCUAAAUCAGCAAGGUGAUAUCAAUUGACAUUACUUUUGGACAUUCUCUUACACAGUCUAAGUAGACUUGUACAUACUUAUAAUACACACGAAAAUUAAUAUGCGAUAAACCUCAAAAUAAAACAAUUCUGUUGUGGGAUGUAAAUGUUGAAAAAUAAAUUCUGAAUAUAUGACGUUAUUGUAUGGAGUUUUAGCUGGAUUCACAUUUUGUAAUUAAUAAACUAUUUGAAAUAAGGUA